AUGGCCGGCAAGUUCGAACCCAAGGUUCCUGUCCAGCUAGACCCUCCCAAGGACGACCUCAUUUCUCUCGAGGACUUGGCCAAGGCGAGCGGCGAGGAAGGGCAGAAGUGCUACGUCGCCAUCAAGGGCAUCGUCUACGACGUAACAGGCAACAAGGCCUACCAGCCAGGCGGCGCAUACCACGUAUUCGCCGGCAAGGACGCCUCGCGCGCCCUCGGCAAGACGUCGACCAAGGCCGAGGACGUCAGCUCCGAGUGGCAGGACCUGCCCGACAAGGAGAAGGGCACGCUGAACGACUGGGUCACCUUCUUCUCGAAGCGGUACAACGUGGUUGGCAAGGUGGAAGGGGCGACGAACUUUGAGUAA